AUGAAAGGGAAAACCCUGCAUGUAAUAUAUACGAAAGAGAAGACAGAGAGAGAGAGAAUCCUUGGUCUCGGAAAUUGCCUGAAAACUUUCGCCUUUUAAAACACCGUUUACUCCAUCAAUACAAAGACGCCCGAGUAGACUCGAUUAUUCAACUUAAGAGAGGAAGAACAUAGCAGUGAUAUUAUGAUAGCGAAUAAAACGUUGUUCAAAGAAAAGAUCUCAAAAACCAUCGUUUACCAAGCAAAACAAGGAGUAGAAACAAGAAAAGGGAAAGCUCAACUAGUAGAGCUCAAAGAAAAGAAAAAUGAAAGACGUAGAUGGAUAGACAGAGAAAGAGGGAGUAUUCUUUCUCUCUGAGAAUAUCUACAAAUGCCCGUCUUCCAAAACGUGACUUUUCCACUUGGAAAUUCACGUGGGAGCAGUCUCGCCGUCGCACAUUCAAAGGCGACCAUUCCUUCCUCUUCUAUCCAUCCCCCCGGAGACGCAGGAGGAAGGACGACACCUUUCGUCAAUUAAGUCAAUACAGAAGAAGGGAGGAGUCCGAGUCUUACCGAGAGAAGACAGUGCCGCAGCCACAACGAUACUCGCGGGUUCCGCAGGUUUUCGAGUGGGCCUUCAGAUCCGAGAGGACGGCGUAGCGCUUGGAGCACUUCUCGCACUUCCACUUCUUCUCGCCGUGCUUCCGGAAGUAAUGCUUCUUGAUUCCGGUGAGGUCGCCGAGUGCACGAGAGGGGUCGUGGUGAACGCAGGUGGGCUCCGGGCAGAGGUAGACCCGCUGCUUCACCUCACUGGUGCCCUUCUGCCGCAGGCUCCACGGCAGGUUGUGCCCCCUCCUGUGCAGCCGCAGGUUUUGAUCUCUCUGGAAUCCCUUGUUGCAGACCUCGCAGAUGAACCGGUUCGUCGCCAUUAGGGUCUUGGGGGACAGAGCUAUCACCUCCGCGUCCGGAUCUGUAACGCAGGCAGCACUCUCUUAUAAACCAUUAACGACGCACCAGAAAAUUGAAGUCAUGGCCAAGGAUUUAGCCAUUAAAGAAAUUAUUGUCUAGACGUGUAAUAUCUUUAUUCCAAACAAGUAUAUUAGAUCAUCCCGAUGUCUGUCGAAGCUGAGGCUGUGUUCUGAAUAGAAGGCAUUGCGUCUGGGUCAGAUGGGGAAAGCAGCCGAUCCGUCUAUCGUGUAUAGCUGGACACUGAGAUGGAACGUUUGUAGGGGAAGAGGAGGAGACCGUCAUGAAGUCUUCAUGAAGGAGGGAGAAAUGGGUUUAGCAGUGAAUCGGAAGUUUCGGAAGACAAGGGAAGGUAAAAAAGAGAGAUUUUGUUUUCGUGUGCUAGAAAAACUCGUUUCACUGAAGCCAAUCAAUGAUGUAAAUCAUAUGACAAAGCGUAGAGAGAGAGAAAGAGAGAGAGAGAGAGAGUCCCCGAAUUUAGACUCUCAUUCAAGAACGGGAGGGAUCUUUCUGAUAUCCGCGACUAGGGUUUUAUGAGGUUGAGACCGCAUGAAAUCAUCUAGAAUUGGACGACUAUGAUUCACCUUCGUGAACUUAUUUCUUUCCAUGGAGCAAAGUAUCCGAAAGAUGGUUGCUAAGAGACUGCUAUGCAUGCGUCUGGGUGUGUAGAUACCGUACUUGGUGUUCCUGGUUGGUUCCUCCUCCUCUUCUGUGGGGCGGCAGAUGACGGAGCAGCAGCUGCGGGAGGAGUGGCAGAGGACAACUUCUGCUGGUUCAUCUGAUCUGAAAGCUCUCCCUCUCUGACGCCAAAGAUGGUGGUGGAUGACGAAGCCGUAGCCAUCUUCAGAUCCAAAAGAAAAAUUUUCCGUCUCCCUCUUUUUUCUCUACCUUUCUUUCUAGACUACCUGUACUUUAAAUCGAGCCAGAAUUCUCACUACCCAACAUGAAUUAGAAGAUUGCUCUCCACCCUGCUCAGAUCCAUUCAAGACCCAUAUACACGUCAAUAGAUGGCAGGCGGAAGAGAUCGAAAGGUGUUCCAACCCCAAAGGCCUCCGGACCACAGAAGGGAUCCUUUUCGGGUCAAUAAAAUGAGCAAAUAG